UCCAUCGGGUUCGCUUCCAAAUUAAUAAUUCACAGAGUUACAAUUUACAAACGGAUCCAAGCCAUCUUGGCUCCGGUUACCCGAGAUCUUUUCAUGGUCUCCUCACCUUCCCCGCUAAGGGAGAGGACCCGUUAAAAGUCAAGAUUUUGACUCUUCUCUACUUCAGCUUCAGCAGGCACGCGGGCACGAAGAAGAAGAAGAGGCUCUCCCUCCUCCACCUGCCGACAAUGAUUCCGAAAUGCGACGUCUAGACAUUCCAUUUCCAAAGUCCGCCGCACCUUAACACCUCCUCCUCCCGCCUGAAAUGUUUUCGGCGCCGCCACUUCCCGCGGCCGUGGACUCAAUCCACCGCUCCUUAUCCGACCUCUGCUCCGCCGGCCCCGACCAGGAGUCCUUCGAGAACUCCCGCCAGUUCACCGGAUACGCGCACCGCCUCCAGCUCAUCGUCAAACAGCUCCUCCGCUCCUCCCCGUCGCUCUCACCCUCCGCGGAGACCGGGCUGAGAGGCAUCUCCGGAGAUCUCUCCGUUGCCGCGGAGACGAUUUCCGCCUACAGGAAGAGGAGCAAGAUCGCCGUCUUGGUCAACUGCCAGUCCCUGUGCUCCUCUCUUCUGGAGCGGACGGUUGCGAUUGGAACCUGGCUGGAGCUGAUUGAGUCAACGCUGCUCGACGACGACGACAUCGUCGCCGAUCUUCGCAAGAAGACCGCCGAUCUGGCCCGUGACAUGAAGCACGCGAAAUUCAGAGUGACGGAAAACGAAGAGAGAGUCCGUCGAACAUUGGAGAAGGAAGGGCAGGGAAGGCCGACGACCAAGCCGGUGCAGAGCGCGAUUGUCAUGGAUUUAGCGCGAGCGCUAGGGAUUGAUUCGAGCAACCAUCAAGAGCUAUCGGAGCAAGUGAAGCUAUUCAAAGCCGACGUGGUGCGGUCCAAUUCGGUCUCGGAGCGGCGAAUUCUGAUCUCUCUGGAGAAAAUUCUCGAGAGCUGGUCGACUGACUCUGAAUUGGACGCACUGAAAUUGGACUUGGAUUCGGAGGAGGAAGCUAACUUGUCACCUUUCAGGAAUUUUCUCUGCCCCCUGACCAAAGAAGUCAUGAAGGAGCCUGUACUGUUGUUAGAGUCUUCCCAGAACUAUGAGAAGAAAGCCAUACAGUACUGGUUUACCAGAUGCGUGGAGGAUGGACGGGACCCGACUUGUCCGAUCACCGGAGUGGUUUUGAAGACCUUGGAACUGAAGCCGAAUCUUGGGUUGGCCGGAGCAAUCGACGAGUGGAUUAGCAGGAACGUUGAGGUUCGGGUUAAAUCCGCGGUGGAGAAUAUUGGUAGAGAGCCUGUUGUGGCGGAGUCCAUUGAACGUGCAUUGGACAAUGUUUACUGGAUAUCUGAAGAGCAUUCUUCCCAUCGGUAUAAAGUAAGGAAUGCUGGUUUGAUUGUGUUUAUGGUUAAGUUGCUUAGGAAUUCGUCUAAGGAUAUGGGCUCUCGUCUGAGGAGCAAAGCUCUUAUGGCUUUGUUUAGUAUGGCUAAGGACGAAGAAAGCAAGAACAUAAUGCUAGAAGAAGGUGUGAGUAGACUGGCUAUACAUAGCCUUGUUGGUAGCUCAGAGAAAGAGCGAGAAUAUGCUGUGAAGUUACUGCUGGAGUUCACAAAUGACGAAGAUUAUUGCACCAAAAUCACGUCAGAGAAAGGGGCACUAGUUCUUCUUUCCAGUAUGGCAGGCAAUCUGGAGCAUCCUGCCUUGUCAAAUCUUGCAGAUGAGCUUUUGAAGCGGCUGGAAAAGAUGGAAGAGAACAUUCAGCCAUUGGCAGCUGCAGGAAGAUUCGAGCCCCUACUUGCUCGUUUAUGUGAAGGUUCAGAUGACGUUAAAACAGAGAUGGCAUCUAUUCUGGGAAGGAUGACUUUAACCAAUAGCAGUAAAGAAGAACUUGCCAGGAGAAGUGCUAAGAUACUUGUUGGGUUGCUCACUAACCCUGAAGCUCGAGGGCCAAGCUUGAAAGCCUUGUGUAACCUGUCAACUUUAGAUGACAAUGCAACGAUCCUUGUUGAUGCUGGUGCACUUCCCGUGCUCACCGAUAUCCUUUUGAAGAAUGAGGUGGUUGCAUUGGAACUCACAGACUUGGCUGCAUCAACAAUUGCAAACAUAGUGUCAAAUCCAGGGCACUGGGAGUUGGCAGCUGUGGACCAACGAGGUCACACAAUGCAGUCUGCUUCAAUAGUCUCGAGUCUCUUACAGCUUCUAUCUGUUGUCUCACCUCAAGCUCAAGCUUCUAUACUCCAAAUCCUCUAUGGAAUAGCAUCAUCUCCCAGGGCUGCAGAAUCAGUUGCAAAUAGAAUAAAGAGUGCUGAUGGCAUCAAAACAGUUUUAUGUUAUCUUGAGCACCCGGAAGUUGGACAUCGAAUCAAUGCUUAUAGGCUUACAAGAUUGCUGUCCGAAAGGUUUGCUCAAGACUUAUACUAUGAGCUACAAACUUGUAACAAGAAUUUAAUGUUGAAAGACAAACUAUUCGAUGACCAAUCUACAGAUACUGAGAGAUCUGAUGCCGCGUGCAUACUGGCCAACCUUCCCCUCGUGGGCGAUGAAGUGAAAACACUGCUUGAUGCUAGUUUUGUAAGAUGGAUAGUCUCCACUCUGAAAAAUCGAAAUCGCAGCGCCAAUGGCAAAGCAUCAAGGACAACAUCAUCAAGCAUAACGGAAGGGCUUCUUGGCCUACUACUACAUUUCACCAAGCGUCUCGAUCAUCAUCAAAAUGUUACCCUGGUGAGAGAGCUUCGUCUGAUGAGUCUUUACUGUGAGGAGCUCAGUUUUCCUUCAAAGCCGAGACUGAAAGAACUAUCUGCUCUUGGACUGAGAAACUUAUCAGAAGCUGGAAGGUUAUCAGCUGCCCAGAACCCGGAACCGAUCCCUCCCCAAGGAUUUUGUGUCCCCAUCCUCUUCAUGUGCAGCAGAGGCCCUCCCGAACUUUCCACUUGCCCGGUGCACAACGCGUCAUGUGAUGAUGGCGUUCAGUUAUGUCUUCUGAGUAGCAAUUGCAUCAAACCAUUGAUUAAUCUCCUUGGGGAAGACCAGACCGGGGUUCAGAUCGCUGCAGUGGAAGCACUUUCAACCCUGCUGCCUGAUUCUUCGAACAUUCCCAAGAGAGCGACGAUGGAGCUCGAAAACGUCGGUGUGUUCGAUGCAGUGAUCGAGCUGUUCAUGAAAGUUCGACCCGGGGAGCUGCAGGAGAAGACGGUCAGGAUGAUUGAUAAGUUCCUGAGAGCAGAGGGUUGCAGCCAUAGGCAUUCUCUGAAUCAAACUCUGGUUGGUGCUUUGGUGGAGGCAUUGAAGCAUGGGAAUGGUAACGCCAAGAGGUAUGCGCAGGAAGCUCUCACCAACCUGAAACAGUUAUCAGGAGUUAGUGGGACUGCUUCUGGUCAAGGUCGAUCACAAAGAUGACAUACAAUAGGCAGUAGGUAGGUUUUCCUGCAAGCCUCUCUCAUUUCUUGCAUGUGUACUGUAUUCUUGUAUCUUCUUGCCAGUAACCCGCACAAAUUUCUCACAUGUAUAGCGUUUCUUCUUUUGCCUGUUUCUUGUAUCCAUGGAUUAACCUUGAUUGAUUUUUGUUUUAUGUAUGCUGUGUGAUGAUUUAAAUUAAAUUCGAGGAUUGUUUACAUGGGUUCACUUCUUGGUAGCAAUUUUAUUUUAUACUAGUUUUUUGGCCUGUGCUUUGCCGCGGUAAGAUAUUAAUUUUAUUUGCAAUUUCUUUUACUCGUUUAAUGCUUUAGU